UUGUGGGCUCUGCGCUGCUUGUGAUGUGAACAAGCCGAACCAUAAUGGCGACUGCUGGAACAGCAGACUCGGGAUCUACAGCCCCGACAGGGACCAGUGGAAUUCGAAAAAUGGCCCCUCAAGAGAUGCCUGGAUCCUCAGGCACCACGCAGAGUAUGAAGAAGACCAUCGGACACCGGGGCGUUGAGACCACCACAGGAGAGACCACCUAUAAAAAGACCACGUCAUCUGCCCUAAAAGGUGCCAUCAUGCUGGGCAUCGCUCACACAGUCGGCAGCUUAAGCCAGAAGGCAGAAAGGGAUGUUCUAAUGCAGGACUUUGUGGUGGUGGAAAGCAUCUUCUUCCCAAGCGAGGGCAGUAACCUGACCCCGGCCCAUCACUACAGUGACUUCCGCUUCAAGACUUAUGCUCCUAUUGCCUUCCGUUACUUCAGAGAACUCUUUGGCAUCCGUCCAGACGACUACCUGUACUCUCUGUGUAACGAGCCGUUGAUUGAGCUGUCUAACCCCGGGGCCAGUGGAUCCCUCUUCUACGUGUCAAGCGAUGACGAGUUCAUCAUCAAGACUGUUCAACACAAAGAGGCCGAGUUCCUCCAAAAACUUCUGCCUGGUUACUUUAUGAAUAUAAACCAAAACAAACGCACCCUGCUACCCAAGUUCUAUGGACUCUAUUGCGUUCAGGCAGGGGGCAAGAAUAUCCGUAUUGUAGUGAUGAAUAAUCUCCUGCCUCGGAUCAUCCCCAUGCACCUCAAAUACGACCUGAAGGGCUCCACGUAUAAAAGACGAGCUUCCCUUAAGGAGAGAGAAAAGGCGGUUCCAAUUCACAAAGACCUGGACUUUAUCCAGGACCUGCCUGACGGCCUGCUGCUGGAAGCAGAAAACUACAAUGCCCUGUGCAAGACCAUCCAGAGAGACUGCCUGCUCCUGCAGAGCUUCAAGAUCAUGGAUUACAGUUUGCUGAUGGGCAUCCACAACAUGGACCAGGCAAGUCGGGAGCGAGAGCGUGGUGUGGGCAAUUCGGGGGACAGCGGGGGUUCAGAGGGAGCAGUGACCCCCGAUCAGCGCAGACCACAAACCCAGAAAAGCCUUUACUGCACAGCCAUGGAGUCCAUUCAGGGGGAGGCUCGGGGGAAGGGGGCUUUGGAUUCUGAAGACCACAUGGGUGGUAUUCCAUCUCGUAAUACUAAAGGAGAAAGAUUACUUAUCUACAUUGGUAUCAUUGACAUUCUCCAGUCCUACAGGUUUAUUAAGAAGUUGGAGCACUCCUGGAAGGCCUUGGUUCAUGACGGGGACACAGUUUCAGUUCACAGACCUGGCUUCUAUGCAGACCGUUUCCAGCAGUUCAUGUGCAACACAGUGUUCAAGAAAAUUCCACUCAAACCAUCACCAUCUAAGAAGAGUCGUGGUGGAGGUCAGGGGGGUCUUAGGAGAGCCCCCACCCUUGGAGGUCCUACUCCACUCUCCCACGCAACAGGACAGUCAUACAUGGACUCCAGACUAGUCUACCACAGCCACUUUAAAAGCACAGACUCCGAAACAGACAGCGGGGUGCCGUCGGGCAGACCAGAUCUGGUUCCAAGGACCCCUCCGCUGGUAGAAAAUGCUGCUGACUGUGAGGCCAACCUGUCCACCUCAUCAUUAGGCAGCGCAGGAGUUGCCACCGGCUCCCCUCCCCUACGGUCUGUUGGGGUGGAAGUGCACAAAUCAGCAAACACAGACCUUGACCAGGGUUCUUCUCACAGUUUUGGGGCCGAAGGUGCCGCAGAUAAUUCAGGCAACCUGUCCGGAAAUGAAGACGUAGUUUCACUCUCAGACAUCAUCCCUGAGACCAACAUCUGUUUUUAAAAAAAAAAAAAAAAAGACGCAGUGCCAUGGCAAGGCAAAGAUGUGGACGUAGAUGAGAUGGACGGAAGUAAGGACGCCCAUCCAACACGGACCCUCCGCUGCACCUCUGUUGUUCUCUCACCCGUAAAGUAAAUACAGGGAUGUCUGGACGAGGCAGCGAGUUGCAGUAGAGGUUCUGACAAUGAAGAACAGUGUGUGGUAGGCCCUGGCUGUUAACACUGUCACUGUGCGCACACAUUUACCCCCCAAUGACCUAACGCCCAAUUGUUUUGAUACAUGACCUGAAAAGGGCUCGCAGCUCUGAAUUGGCAGCUCUUUAGUAGCUCUAGCAUCAAAACAUUUAAGACAUAUGUGAACAACAUGAAGGAUGCUGCGAUGACAUCACAGACAAAAACAUGAAUAGUGUAUUGUACACAAAGCUUCAUUCACCAGUGAAUGGUGAAGGCGGUCAAAUUCUCCAUGGAAUGUCGGUCAUCCUUUUUUUUUCGCAGUAUGGAGUGAUAAAGCAGGAACACACACACGAGCACAUGAAGGGAAAAGCCUGUCUUAGUAGUAGACGUGAAUAUUUCCCAGAGUGUUCAUGCACAGCCUAAGUGGGUUCACUCUAGUGUUUCUGUGACCACACAUCCAUUUCCAGUCAGCACUCCUCAUGGCCAGGAGUACUCCGAGUUAGCAGGGCUCGUUUUUCAAAUCAACACGUGCUGCUGUCAACUCUGCAAUCAUGAAUACUUUUUUUUUUUUUUUGUGGGGCUGAUUGUGGAUGUACAGUAUUUAGUCUGAAACAGCAGAAGGAUGGGUUGAAACGCCUGUAUGGUCCUUUUUAUUUCAUGUGUGUGUCCUAAGUUAUUCAGCUGGAGGUCACAGCGGUGCUACAGAGCUCGGGCUAGAUCUGGCAACCGCUGAAUGUACAUUACGUUGUCUUUCAUAUACAGAAUGUGUCUUAUUGUUAACACGGCAGUCAACAGACCACAUUUGUACAACCCCUGAAAAAUCUCCCCCUCUGAUGUGACCAUAUGUGCUCAACUCUAUGAAUGAACACAAGGAGAGGAGCAGUGCUGGCCAUGUAUGAAUUCUGCCUGUUCAGCUAAUGUAUAAUGUUCAGCUUCUGACAUUUGUCCGUGCCUUACAUGUCAGUCCCUUCCCUAACACGUUACAUAUAACUGAUUGUAUUUUUUUAAAAGGUCGGUGUUUUAGUUUGAAAGAGAAACCUGCCUUAUCACUACAGCUGCAGUCAACAAACUGCCAUCUAUAUGUCUGGAACAACCAUCCAGGGGUCAGACUUUUCAAAUCAUUUCAGAUUGUAUGCAAACACAAGAGGUGUAAACCAUAAGUUCCAUAAUGAUGCGGUAUUAUAUUAAGUUUUGUACAAAAAACUCUUUGAUAUCACAAAGUCACAUUGCUAUUUCCAUAAGAUUUAACACAGUACUCAACUUUGUGAUCCAUAUGAGCCAAUAUCAGAGGCCCAUUACAUUCAAUCAGGUUAUCUUUUUCAACUUGGUAAUAAUUUCAUUUUCAGAGCUUUUACAAACAUUUAUUUGUAAAAUAAUCUAUUUUUCUUUUGAUAAAUAGUACAAAAAAAAAUCCUUAAUUUAUCACACUCGACCUGCCAUUUUUGAACUUCAGAGUAAAAUACAUGUAACUUAAAGAUGACACUAAGGAUCAUUUGUAUGACAUACAAUUUGACUUUGUAUGGAUGAUGGAUUGAGUCUCUGUGGUUUGAGAGCUCAGCUACCCUGACAUAAAAAAUCUAGACUAUUCUUUGUCCCGUAUAAAGGAUUUCUGCUGGCUACAGAAAUGACAGUUGCCACCAUCCACUCCAGGACCAACAUAGCUGGUGUGUACAAGUGUGCACAAGCUGAAGGUUACGCUUUUGACAAGUGUGUACAACUAUUUUUCCUUUGUCUUCAAUGUAGUCUUAAACAGCUUUUAUUCCUCUGUUCAUAAAAAAUGCCUUCUUUUGUUGCAUGUGAAUCUUUAUUGUUAAAGGCACUAAACAAGUUACUGAGGUGGCUGUCAGAAAGCUUCUUUUUUUAAUUUAACGUCUGAGAUUUUGAUACAGUAAUUUUUUAAAAUACUGUAGCAGAACUACACGUCUUAGACAUCAACUCAUACUGUGCAAUGUACCGCCGUUUAUGUUUGUAAGGCGCAUGUGGUCCGUGCAGCAGAGAGGGAGAAGGGGAAAUGUGAGCUGUGAAUUUUAAAAGAAUGAAAACCACUCAUGUUCAUCCAUGCACAGUUGAGGAUUUAGGACCGAGCCUUUUUUGUAUUCGAAGCCAGUCGUGGCACCAAAGAGAAAAGUAGAAAGUUCCUGCAAAAGUUCAGGAUCCAAGUGACAAUGAAAUGAGACACUCCAGGACGCCUGCUUUGACAUGUAUUGUUGUGUAUGGUAAUAACACUGGGAUGUCCUGUGUUUCUUUUUCCCCCCUUUUAAUAAUUUCAUGUCUGAUAAGCUGUCUGACAUCAACCUAGUCCCGGUCAAUAUUAAUGAAUCAUCAUCAGAGAAUUGGUUUACACUGUGGCCUGAGACAUUUCAAGAUGAAAACUCCACAUUCCUGUGAAAUUCAAGUAAAAUUUACUACAAACAUUGAAACUCUUAGAACCCACUAUUGACCAACUUGGUAUAAACUUGAUAUUAAUUAUUUCUUGUAUAUGCUGAAAUGUAAAAUACUGACUAUUUGAACACAUUUGAUGGUUGAGUGUGAAACAGCCACCAAAGAAAACAUUCAGAGAAACAUGCUCUCGACUAUAAGAUUAUAUUUGUAACACCUGGAUUUUGGUGUGAUUACGAUCAUUUUCUUUGAAUGGGUGGUGCUGUGUAAUUGCUGGAUGCAAACCAGUUCUGUCGCAGUUGUUUUGUACUACACCAUGGCACAAGAAAAACAUCAUCAUCCUACGGUGCUUUAAAGGGCGACACACUCCGUGUAGACACUACAAUGUAUUUGAAGUAAUGCAAUAUGAACCACAAUCUGCAACCUUUGAGCUCUUAGAAAGAUAUUUAUUAACAUUGUUGAUUGCUGCAGACUGAAAUAAUACAAGUCGUAUUAUUUACUAUAGCUGAUAGUACACAAUCUGUAUACUGACAGAAGGAUGUCUGAAACUUUAUAGCGCGAGUUGCCCAUGAAGGGGGACUAUUUGACAACUUCGCAUUUUAUAUUUCAUGUUUAGAUUGUGAUAUGAUACAGUAGAUUUUCUCCAUGACGAUUCUGGGUUGUUAAUCUCCCACGCUUUUUUCUACAUGAAUGUUUCACACGGCUUACAAGCCAACAUUGCUGGUUAUCCUAUAUGCUCCAAUUACUAUAUUUUUACGGUGUAUAAAAUGUGUAUAUGUACAUAGGAGUCACGGAAAUGCCUUCUCAUGCAAUAUGUGCUGCCUGUCCCUCCUGCCAUGUUUCAGUUAUGUGGUGGUGAUGUUUUCAUGUCUUAUUUUAAAGGAUUAAACAUAUUUUCUAAAUCGUA